UUGAACCGCCGUUUUGCCUACAGGAGCCUCCGCGCAGACCGGGCGGUGGGCGACCUCUUCUGGUCCCGCACCGCCCGCCUAGGGACGGGCGACCGCCGCUGGGAAGGGUUUAGCUCCGUGUUAACCGGUGCCGAGGGAAGCGGAGGCUUUCUGUUCCUGGCGUGGUUAGCAAGGGAGCCACGGCGUUCCCGUAACGCUGUCUCUUACUCCGUUUGCAGUGUUGGCGGAAUGGAAACCAAGGGUAAAAAGAAGUUCGUGAGGAAGAGUGGAAAAGCGCCUCGUGGAAAAGUGCCACACGGGAAGAGGAAAUUUAAAAAAGAUAAUGAUUCGGGUCCACCAAAGAAACUUCUUAACAAAGGAGAUGAGGAGGGAAAGCCUAAACCAAUUUCCAAUAAAUUUGUGAAAGGACAGUUAAGACCUGGAAGAGCUAGUGUCAAACAAUUCAAGAAUAAACAGCAAUCAGAAAAGCUUGCAAAGAAGAGGAAGCUUCAGGAUGGUGAAGAGGGAGGGUCAGAUUCGAAGAAGCCGAAAUGGAAUGACUUAAAAAAGAAAAGGAAGGAGUUAAAGCAAACCAGACAACUUAAUGAUAAAAGUAAUUAUGACAUAAUUGUAAAAUCAAAGCAAAUAUGGGAAAGUGUGAGAAGGAAGAAGUGCGAUAAGGAGAAGCGAGAAAAACUAAUGAAUGAACUACAGAAGCUUCUUCAUGGAAAAAUUAAAAGCCUGGCGUUUGCACAUGAUUCAACUCGAGUGAUCCAGUGCUUUAUUCAGUAUGGUAAUGAGAAGCAAAGGCAAGAGACAUUUGAAGAAUUGAAAGGUAGCCUAGUAGAGUUGAGCAAGUCGAAAUAUUCCAGAAAUAUUGUGAAGAAGUUUCUUAUGUAUGGGACAAAACCACAAGUUGCAGAAAUAAUAAAAAGUUUUAAAGGCCAUGUGAAAAAAAUGCUCCGUCAUGCCGAAGCAUCUGCUGUAGUGGAAUAUGCAUAUAAUGACAAAGCCGUUCUGGAGCAGAGAAAUAUGCUGACAGAAGAACUAUAUGGGAACACUUUCCAGGUCUACAAGACACCAGUUGUCCCAACACUGGAUAAAGUGUUAGAAGCCCAGCCUGAAAAGAAGGAGGCCAUCUUGGAUGAAAUGAAACAGAUCCUUACACCAAUGGCACAAAAAGAGGCUGUGAUAAAGCACUCACUGGUACAUAAAGUAUUUUUGGACUUUUUCACUUAUGCUCUUCCGAAACAAAGAUGCGAAAUGAUAGAAGCUAUCAGAGAGGCUGUCAUCUACCUGGCACACACUCAUGAUGGAGCCCGAGUAGCAAUGCACUGCUUAUGGCAUGGUACUCCCAAGGACAGAAAAGUCAUUGUGAAAACUAUGAAGACAUAUAUUGAAAAAAUAGCAACGGGUGAAUUUUCUCAUCUGGUCUUGCUGGCAGCAUUUGAUUGCAUCGAUGACACAAAACUCGUGAAACAGUUAAUUAUAUCAGAAAUAAAUGCUUCUUUGCCCAAUAUAAUAAACAACAAAUAUGGAAAGAAGGUCUUGUUGUACUUGCUAAGUCCUAGAGACCCUGCACAUUUUGUUCCAGAAAUCAUCAUGCUUCUGCAACAGGGAGAUGGAAAUGCCUAUAGUAAGAAGAAUACUGAACUCCGCCGUCGUGAACUCCUGGAAGCUAUUUCCUCACCUUUGCUAGAAUAUUUGCAAGAACACACCCAAGAAGUAGUGAUAGACAAAUCUACCUUUGUCUUGGUUGCUGACAUCUUAAGAACAGCUCUUGGUGACAUCCAGCCUGCACUAGAUGCAAUUGCGAAUUUAGCAGCGGAAGAGCUGGUUCCAGGUGGCCAUGAUGGGCAGCUUCACAUUGCAGAGCAUCCAGCAGGCCAUCUAGUUUUGAAAUGGUUAAUAGAGCAAGAUGAAAAAAUGAGAGAGAAUGGAAAAGAAGUUUGCUUUGGAAGAACAUUGGUGGAACGUGUUGGUAUUGAGAAUAUGAAGACCUGGGCAGAAGUAAAUCGAGGUGCCAUUAUUCUUUGUUGGAGGGGAUGGAGGCGAGCUGGGGCAUUCACAGCAGUGCAUGGGUGGCUGGAGGGCAAGAGGUAACAGCACAAGCUGAAGCACAAGAGGCUGAGGCUGGAGAUAAGGACAGUCCUUUUCCCCAUAAGGACAGCCCAGCAGCAGGGCUGGGGCCUAGGGAGGUUGGGCUGUCUCCUGCAUUGGGGGGAUUUCAAGCCUGGACUGGAUGAAGCCCUGAGCAGCCUGGUCUGACCCAAUGUUUGAACCUGCUUUGAGUAGAGAUCUGCAGUUCCUUCAAGUCUGAUUUGUUCUGUGUUGGUUGUGUUGUCACUUGGUGUUCCAUGCUUUCUGGAAAGUUUUACAUCUUUUUCUAAUAGCAGGUAACAGAAUCUGCCCUGAACUAUGUUAUUCCUAAAUAGUUAUUGUUUCCUUACAUGGGCAGCUUCUUUUUCUAUGACCUACAUGAUGACCUUUGACAUCCUUGUUUU